UGUCUACUCUCUCGUCGCUUCUCACGUGGCUGCUCGAAGGGCGCAACUUGUACUUCGUGGUGGGCGUGUCUGGCGCCGUUCGGGGCCAAAGUGGAUUUCCUGUGGUCUCCGCUUUCUCCUCCUCCUCCAGAUUCUAUUUGAAUCUAAACGCAGUUGGAUGGUGCGUUCUGGGACAGAAGAAGAACGCAUUUUGCUGAUAUGGAGGAGGAUUUGGCAUAUAAUAAAGUUGAAACUGUAGUCAGCUGUCAUGUUGAAGAUGCUGUAACAUUUUGGGCACAGAAUAUUAAUAGACAUAGUGACAUCUUGAAGACUGGCUGUGCUCUAGCUGAAAUCUGUCCUCAAGCCAACCCAGUCUUUGGCAAUCCUGAUCUUACCAAGAUCUAUGGCGGAUGCUUUUCUGAAGAUAAAUGCUGGUACAGAUGUAAAGUGCUGAAGAUUAUCAAUGAUGAAAAGUGCCGGGUAUUAUAUAUUGACUAUGGAAAUUCUGAGGUUCUCAGUCGAUCAGAAAUAGUUGAGAUUCCAGAAAACUUGCAGUUUCCUAGUGCGGCAAAAAAGUACAGAUUGUGGGGAUUACAGAUUUCAAUUAAUCAAGAUUUAAACCAGUUUGACCAGGGCAGGAUGUUUCUGAACAGCUUGAUCUUUGAAAAGGAAAUAAAAAUAAAAAUCAAAGCCACAUACCAAGAUGGUACCAUUGUGACCCAGGUCAAGUGUGGCCAACUGGAUGUUGGGGAAGAAAUGGCUAAGAAAGGAUUUGCUGAAAGAUGCAAAUCUCCCAUAAACAGUAAUACCUGUGAUACAAAAAUGGAUUCCUCUUUGUGCCAAUCCAGGAAUGCAAAAUCUCCAGCUCCGGUGUGGGCGAGCAGAGCCAACCCUCCAGCAUGCAAUAGAGCAAUGAUGGGCUUUGGUAAUAGUGUGCCCCUGAAUGGCAGGAAUGAAAAUAAUGCUGCAAACCACACACCUUUUAUCAAGGAGAAAAUGGCACCUUGUGACUUUAGAAGAGUGUCCAACAUUAGCCUGGAAAAAAUAAAACAAGAUCAAAAGCUGAUAGAGGAGAACGAAAAGCUGAAAGAGGAGAAAGAAGCUUUCAAAGUGAAGAACCAGAAUCUUCUCCAUCAGUGUGAAGAAUUGCAGUUAACAGUGAAGAAGCUUACUUGUGAUCUGGAGAAGGAGAAGAAUGCUUACAAGGAAACACUUGAGUUUUUAGAAAACACUCUGCCUACGUAUGUAGGAGCUACAGUGGGAAGCUUGGCUGCCAAGUUCGAGAAGCUGAAAGAAGCUAGACAAGACAGUAUGAGUACUCGUUUUGGAGAAGACCUUUCAGAAGCAGUUAAAGUGGUUACGGAAGAAUAUCUUGCUGCUCCUCUGUCUUUAGAAAAGCUGGACAAAAUUUGGAUAGACUAUAACUCUUCUCAACAGGAAAUACGCUUAUGCAAACACGUGGAUGAAGUACAGAACUUGAUUCUACACAGAAAUGAAGUGCGGCAGAAGUUGUAUUCUACAGUGGAAGAAUUCAUUAUGGAAGUGGAUGAUUUGCCCCUUUUGGAGCGCUUGGAAACAGUACAGAAAUUGCAGACAUCUUUGGAGGUUACAUAUGGUCAAGUCUGCAAAGUAGAGAGUUGUGAGGGGACAUUUGAGAAGUUCUCUGAGUGGAAGAACGUUAAGCUGGAGGAAUUCAAUCAUGUCCGGAAUGCCACAGACGCUUCCGUGCAAAAUCUGGUGACCUGUUUCAGCAAGAUAAUCCAGUUCUUUGACAUGACCUCAGACAUAUUUUUGAAAUCUAAGGAUGUAGCUGGCAACUUAGAUGAAGUUCUGAAGAACGCUGAGUUGGAUGUUUCUCAAGAAUUGGACAUUUUUCUAACAGAGCUAGACGAAGCUGAUAAAAAAAUAAUCUUGAACGUGUACUGUGAAGUUACGAAGAAGAUCAACCAAGAAAAUAAUCUCUUAAAUACUGUAUAUCACAAGUAUCUGGACAGUGUUGAGUUCAAACAGCAGAUUGGGGAGUGGCUGGAGUCAAGUCCCAACAUUGACGUUUUGUUACUGAUUAAGAAGAGAAUGAAAAAUCUUAAGGCUCAGCUGAGGUGGAAGCUGGUUGAAAAAAACAACUUGGAGGAAUCUGACGAUUACAGUGAGUCUGAAAUGACAAACAUAAAAGAAGAAAUAACUGGACUAAGAAAUAACGUCUUUGAGGAAAUAUACAACGAACAAGAAGAAUACGAGAAGCUCAAUCAUUUGGUACAGAAAUGGUUCCCUGAGCUGCCACUCCUUCAUCCUGAUGCAGGAAUUUUGAAAUAUAUGAACUCUGGAGGACUUCUGACGGUCAGUUUGGAGCGUGAUCUUCUAGAUGCUGAACCAAUGAGAGAACUAAGCACAAAACGUCCUCUGGUUUGCUCAGACGUUCAAGGGCAAAAGGUUCUCUUAAAGGGAUAUGCUGUGGAUAGGAAUACUGAAACUGGAGUGAUAGAAAGAGCUGCAAAGUAUCACAGAGUCUGGGGAGAACUGAAAGAAGAAUCUGGGUUAAUGCAGUUAAUGUUCUUAUUUUUAUGCAAGGCUGAUCCUCUGGCAUAUCUGAUGGUCCCAUAUUAUGCUGGAGCAAGCCUGGGCAUGUUGCAGACUACCACACCUUUAACUCCAGAAGAAACGUUGAAAGUGAUGAAAGGAGUAGCUCGUGGUCUGCAUACGCUACACAAAGCUGGUAUAAUUCACGGAUCACUGCAUAAAAACAACAUAUUUGCUGUAAACAGAGAGCAAGGAAUUGUUGGGGACUUUGACUUCACCAAAUCAGAGGGUCAGCGUGCUUCAAUGAAUUCUGUGCUACUGAAUGGCUUGAACUUAAUUUCUCCUGAAGUAAGACAGGGACAGCCACCUUCUCCAGCUUCCGAUAUGUAUGCUUUUGGUUGCCUACUUUACUGGCUGUUUAUUGGAAAACAAGAAUUUAAAAUAAAGGGAGAUGGAACUCCUCAAGUGGAUGGUCUUAAUAUGGAUGGUAACGUUAAAUCUCUGCUCACAAAACUCCUCUGCUGUAACAGUCAAAUGACUUCAGAGCAGGUGUUGAAUGAUGACUGUUUCCUAUUGCCUGAGGUGACCACAGUUCCACUGGAAGCUGAACCAACUGAAUGUGAAAAUGGAGGGGCAAGAACAGAAAAUGAAAUUGUUUCUGACGACAGGCAGGACAAUGAGACAGAACCUUUUUCAGAGGAUAUGGAUUUAAACAGUGGUGAUUGUGUUUAGAAUGCAAAGUCAAGCAAGCUUAACAUAAUUUGGGGUCCAAAGGUAGCGUCUUGAGACUUGUAACUGUAACCUGUAGAAGAAUACAAUAGAACAACAAUAUAUUGAAAGUUUAUAUAUAUUUGUUUCCUGCUUUGGUGCAUAUAUUUCUUUAACAUAUUUGACAUACAUCUAGGACAGUUGAUACCCAGGCCUGAGUUUCAGUUUUGCAGGCAACUAAUUCUUCUCUUCUGCUGUCAUAUAUCCUUUUUACUUGCCUUCCAGAGUUACAGGCAUUCCUUUCAUCAGUGCAAGAAACUUCCCAAAUUAUUUUAGGGAAGUGUUUUCUUAAGUCUCUGAGCAGAAGGGGCUGGUACAUGUGUGUUACAGGAAGAAGAUUCCGGUAACGUGACUCCAGUGAUAGAUUAACCCUGUAAAGGACUUGCUAGCACUGGCAGUCCUCAAAGAGUGCCAUCUGGUUAGCCAACCCCCAAAUUAGGUUAUCUAAAACACGCAUUGAACGGUCUACAAUACCCAUCACAGAAAAGAUAAAAAUAUCAGAAGCUGGAAAUAAUACAUUGCACCAUAUUCAAUAAUGAGUAAUGAUGGCUGGGUUUGUUGUUUGCCCGCAUUUUGACAAGAAUGUUGCUGAAAUAUUUGUAACUGGAACAUUCAGUUUGAUUCCUUACACUUAUAAUAGGCAGAUUUUUUUUCUAAUCUGUUUUUUGGUAAAAGCGUUUUGAGAAAUGUGAUUGAUUUGAAUAAAGUUUUGAAGCAAG